CCAGCACGUACACGUAGACUCGGGCAGAUAGAAAGAACCUCAUUCAUAUCACUUUCCGACCCGAGUCACGGUCGAAGUGAAAUUUCUGUUGGGUCGAUCAUUUCGAAAUGUGCAUACACGAAGAACCUACUUUAGGAUCGAUCGGCGGUCUAGUUCGAUACGGGUCAAGGUUGGUGCCAUCGCAACACAAUAUCAUUGUGGUCACCGCAAAGUUGAGAUUCCGUCAACCGAUACGACGACGAUGAAUGAAAAGGAAGAAAUAAAGAAAAAGAAUUAUCAGAGCGGAUAGAAGCAUUAAUUUAACUCUUGAUUAUAUUAAGGGUUGCAUCGACAUUAGCGACGUGACGCGGCCAAUCGGGAAUAUUUUCACGCAAAAUGAUUCGCGCCCUUGUCCUUCUCUGCAUGGCCGUUCUACCACUCGCACGAUGCCACAAGAUUCACGAGCAUAUGACAAGAGAAGAGAUGUUAUCGGUCUUUCACACGGGACACGAAUCUGUACCCUCGUAUGAAAUCGUACCGGUUUUGCAUUCGAUACAUAAGAGAAGUUCUGGAAAAAAAACCGAGGUACAUUUAAAGGCAUUUGGGAGUGAUAUUAGUCUAUCGUUAAAGCCAACGAAAGGAUUAUUGUCGCCUAAUCAAUUGCCAAUGUGGACCGUUACGAAAAACGACUCUCAUCCUGAUGGUCUUCUUUACGAACGAGUCUUCGAUACCGAUAUCGGUGACAUUUAUCAAGAUAGAAGGAAUAUGGCGUCGAUUCUACUGCACCAGGACGCGAAUGGGAAAGUACUCGUUGAUGGCAACAUCGGUUCAGAAUUGGUGAUACGACCGCUUCCCGAACGAGUUAUCCAGGAAGUCGUGAGUAAAAGCACGAGUCUAAUGCAGCCUGAAUUAUUACCAAAUGUAACCACUGUUCUGAGGAACAAGCUAAAACCUACGAAUCAUCACGUUGUCUAUAAAAAGUUUCGUAAACCUUUCAACGACGGCGACGAAUACAGCGAUUAUGCAUUAAUGGAGCCCGAUCACCUGGCCAAAAAAUACAGAACUAAACGUUCCUCGGGUAAUAGGUCCAAACGAGAAGCUCCAUAUGUCAUUUAUCCAGAAAUUCUUUGUAUCGUUGAUUACGACGGAUACAGACUUCACGGUGGGGACAACGUACAGAUAAAAAGGUACUUUGUAUCAUUUUGGAAUGGCGUCGAUCUAAGGUAUAAAUUAUUGAAAGGACCAAAAAUACGUAUCAGUAUAGCCGGGAUAAUAAUAUCGAGGGGUCGAGACGCUACGCCAUAUUUGGAAAGAAAUCGCGUCGGAAGGGAUGCCAUUGAUUCGGCAGCUGCUCUCACCGAUAUGGGAAAAUAUCUUUUCCGAGAAAGGAGACUUCCCGUCUACGAUAUUGCCGUAGCAGUGACGAAAUUAGAUAUGUGCAGGAGGCAAUACGCGAAUGACGUGUGCAAUAGAGGAACCGCAGGAUUUGCUUACGUCGGCGGUGCCUGUGUGGUUAACAAACGUUUAGAAAAAGUCAACUCGGUUGCUAUCAUAGAAGACACCGGUGGUUUCAGCGGAAUUAUAGUGGCAGCGCACGAAGUUGGUCACUUACUAGGCGCAGUGCACGAUGGUUCACCACCACCGAGUUAUCUCGGUGGACCAGGGGCUGAGAAAUGUCGUUGGGAAGAUGGUUAUAUCAUGAGCGAUCUCAGACAUACCGAAAAGGGAUUCAAAUGGUCUCACUGCAGUGUGUCUUCCUUCCAUCAUUUUCUCAACGGAGACACUGCAACGUGUUUGUACAAUGCACCUCACGAAGACGAAGCAUUGCCCAGAGUUUUACCAGGCAAAUUGCUUUCGUUGGAUGCUCAGUGCCGUAAAGAUCGGGGAACUAGCGCCUGUUUCAAAGACGAUAGAGUUUGUGCACAAUUAUUCUGCUUCGAUGCUGGCUCCGGUUAUUGCGUGGCAUAUCGUCCCGCAGCCGAAGGUUCUCCAUGUGGCGAUGGCCAGUAUUGUCUUAAUGGCAAAUGCGUCGCCGAACAUGAAAAUAUAAUACCCGAUUACACGCAAAAUAUUCCAACGUACGUACGCCGAGACGGUACUUUUGGACCUCAUGCACAAUAUAAUAGCACGGAUUACAGGUAUCCAUGGGAAGGAACAACAUAUACAUCACCAAAAUCUAAAAAUAAAUAUUCUCCAUACAUAACUCCAAAUUUAUUGGCGUCAAGUACAACAGGCACAAGCACUACUACCACAACCACUAGCACAAACAUUAAACGUCAAUUUACACCUACAUCAACGGUAUACAAAUACACGUACACAACUGCCAACAAUAAUCUACUUGCCAUUAAUGAUAAAAUUAAAAAUAAUCAUAAAAAUAAUAGUAACAAUAACAACAAUUAUGGAAAAGUCAGCAAUAGUGUUAAUCGAAGCACUACUACGACUAGCAAGAAAAGCAACAGAUAUCAUUUUAAUUUUCAUUACAACGUCAAUUCUACGCCAAAAGUUGUCAAUAAUAAUCCAAACGACGUUAAUUAUCCGAAAAUUAUACCGUUCAAACAUAAGACCACGCCAAGUGUGACGUCAUUUUCUCCGACGACUUUGGUUCUUCAAAGUGGCCUCCAAAAUGGCCAACAAAAUGGCCAACAAAAUGAUAGUCGUGAAACAGAGGACGAUGAAGAGUGCACGGACGUAGGACCCGACUGCUUGGAUCUGAUUGACAGGCUGGGAACAUGGCUAUGCCAUUUGCAAUCUGUAAAAAGUCGUUGCUGUGCGUCCUUGGAAACUAUCUGCCCUUAAAAACUCCCAUGGAUAUUUUCGAUAAACACAAACAAAAACAAACACAAAUUUAUGAUUAUGUCGGGGAAAUGAAAAGAACAAAAAUCGAGAAAAUAAAGAUCUCUUUUUUUUUCUCAUUUCAAUUUCUUUACAGAGAUCUCGAGGAUUCUUUCGGCAUGAUCUAGCAGAGGAUCGAUUUUACCUGAUUUUUCUGUAGAUCAUUUUCCUCUUCAUUUUACGUGAAUACAACAAAUAAAUGUUUACUGCCUUUCGAUCUUUUACCCUCCUGGCUGGAUAUUUAUUAUUAAUUGUAAUUCUAUUAUUAUCAUUAAUUUUAAUUUCUAUCUUAUUAUUAUUAUUAUUAUUAUUAUUAUUAUUAUUAGUAUUAGUAUUAAUAUCAAUAUUAGCAGCGAUGUAGAAUAAGAGAUUAUGCGAAAGAUUCCUCUGCGAUAUGAAAGAAAAAUUGUACAUGUAAGAAAUAUACUUCAUAUCGAGCGUUUUGUGUCUUCCUUCUUAAGAUAUUCGAGGCAGGUCCACAUAUAUUGUGUAUUGUUUAUAAAUAAAUGAAUGUUUCGAAAGAUUGGUCGUAUAAA